ACCACUGACAUCAUUCAGCGUCAACUUGGUAACAAGUUGUCACGGAGUGGCCUGUUAGUACUGCAUGUAGCGGUGGCUAUCGUAAUAGAAUAAUUCAAAAAAAUAUAGUUACAUCAUUCACUAUGCCUCCGAAGAAACCAGUUCAAGCUGCCGCAGGUAGUAAAAAAACGCAAGAAAAGAAGAAGGAAAAGAUCAUUGAGGACAAGACAUUUGGUUUGAAGAACAAAAAGGGUGGAAAACAACAGAAAUUUAUCAAGAAUGUCUCUCAACAAGUCAAGCAAGUUCCCGGUAGUAAGGUUGCUGCUGAAGGGGACAAGAACAGAAAGGGUGACAAGAAGAAAGAGUUAGAUGAGCUGAACGAGCUUUUCAAGCCAGUGGUGGCUGCUCAGAAAGUCGCUAAAGGGGUGGACCCAAAGUCAGUUCUUUGUGCCUUCUUCAAGCAAGGCCAAUGCACCAAAGGGGACAAGUGCAAGUUCUCCCACGAUUUGACACUCGAGAGGAAGUGUGAAAAACGGAGCCUGUAUGUUGACAAGAGAGAUGACGAGCUUGAGAAAGACACCAUGGAUAAUUGGGAUGAGAAGAAGUUGGAGGAGGUUGUGAACCAGAAGCACGGAGAAGCUGAAAAGAAAAAAGCUCAAAGCUCAAAAACUCAAAUUGUUUGCAAGCAUUUCCUUGAUGCCAUUGAAAACAACAAAUAUGGUUGGUUUUGGGUAUGUCCUAGUGGAGCUGACACUUGUAUGUACCGCCAUGCAUUGCCUGCUGGGUUUGUGCUAAAGAAAGACAAGAAGAAGGAUGAAAAGGAAGAUGAAAUCUCAAUGGAAGAGUUGAUAGAGAAUGAGCGAUCUGCCCUUGGACCAAAUGUCACCCGAAUAACUCUGGAGACCUUCUUGGCCUGGAAAAAGAGGAAAAGGCAAGAAAAAGUGGCCAAGGCAGAGCAAGACAUGGAGAAAAAGAAAGCUGAUUUCAAAGCUGGCAGGUCCUUUGGGGUUAGCGGCCGUCAAGUAUUUGAGUUUUGCCCAGAUCUGGCUGAUGAUGACGAUGAGGAGGCUGAUGACAUAAAAUAUGUUGAGGACGAUGAUGACUUUGAGGUUGAAGAUGUUCAGGAGUUCCAGGACAUUGAUCUUGCCAGGUUUGUUCCAAAGGAAGUUGAUAACACCGGGAUAACUGUUGCUGCAGUUGACAGAUUCACAGCCAAAUCGAAGCCAACAAAGGAAACGAAUGAUGACCAGCUGAACGGGGCUUGUGGAGGUGUGGAGGAGAAUGGUCACGAUGGGGAAGACGAGACUCUCGACGACAAGGAAGCAGAGCCCGUGCCUGUGGACGAGAACCUUUUCACUGGCGAGGACCUGGACGAACUGGAUGAGGAACUCAACACACUGGACCUGGAUGACUGACAAUGAUGACUUCUAGUAGAACAGUGCCUCAUGGACUAUGAAUAAGAGAUGACUAAAACAGAUUCACAAUAAAACAUCCUGAUGCUCACAUCUUGUUGCUGCUGCAGUUUCUUUCCCCCCUCAGUGGUCCUGAUUGCUAAGAGAGUGAAAAGGAUUUGAGAGGGGGUACAUCUCAAACUGUAUUUUCUUGAAACUGGUUCAUGUGAAAUCACCAGUUUUUUUCUGGCUGUCCUGAAUCCUGUAUAUUGAUGUUGUGUUCUAUCGUAUAAGCAUCCUCCUGACUUGUAUUAUUAGACCAUACCAUGACAGAUUGUGCAACUCCUUUCGUGCAUGUACAAGGGGGAGGUGGGUUCUAGUGUAAAAAAAACCCUGAUUGAAUUAAGUACAAUUCCAUAUUCCUGCAAUUCAUUGUUUUACACUUUUGGAAUCUGCAUAUAUUGAGUUUUGCAGAAUAACGACCCAUGACGUAGAGACCUCUGGGAAUACAUCCUGGGCUUGGUUUCCCGACAGCGAUGGAAUUUAGGCUUAUGAGUGUUUUUAACAAUGCGUCUUUCCUACAAUGGCCGACAAUGUAACAUGGUUUCCCAAAGCACUACACAAAGAGAACUUUGCUAAGUGUGUCGUUGAGGCAUGUGUCGAUACUGAUAGGAGCGAAAGAAAGGCAAACGCUGCUCUCGGAUCGGCUUUUUCCAUUCAAAAUGUACCUUACCAUUAGAAUUAUUCCACAAUAUUGACAAUUGAUCAGCCACUAUAAAGCUCUUACCAAUGGCUGCAAAUAUUAAAGUAGCUUACUCUAAUUCUUACCCUAUAAGGCACUACAUCAAGAUUUAGCACUGCACACAUGAAAUAUUGAGGCAAUUACAGACAGUAGCCUACAAUUUGUGAAUGUAGCCUUCAACUGUUGAAUGAACAUGAGUAUUCAGACCCCUUAACUUUUUCCACAUUUUGUUAUGUUAGUCCUAUUCUAAAAUGGAUUAAGUUUUUUUUUUUUUACCUCAAUCUACACACUACUCCAUAAUUUUACUUUAGCAAAUCUAUUAAAUAAACUUUUACAUAAGUAUUCA